AUGCAAUGCGAGGGCCUCUUGCAGCUACACGAUGCUCUUGUUGGUUUUAUCACCUGCAAGUGCCAGGUGGUACGCUACGAGCGCGGCCAAAGGUUUGACUUGCACGAGGACGCCUUUGCGUGGGAACAGGUCAAGCAGGACAACUACCAGCGUCAUGCAACCUUGUUGGUGUACUUGAACGAUGUAGAGCACGGCGGGGUGACGAGGUUUCCUGACCUGGAUCUCGAAAUCAAGCCACGAUGUGGCCAAGGGCUGGUGGGCCCCAGCGUCCUAGAUGGCUGGGAGCCCGAGGUGCCGCCAGCAAGCAUCUUGGGCGCGAUUCACAACAGAUUCCCGGCCGGCCGGGUCCUAAUUUGCUAG